UUGAAAAUGUUGACAUUUGUUGAGGUUGACGUUUGACGUCGAAGUUCAUGGUUAGUUUACCGUUUAUAUUUUUAUUUAUUCUAAUAAGUGUAGCAACAAAGCGGUAACACGAUGGAUUUGAGAACUCUACUCAGACACAAGGUGGAAAAAAGUUCGGACUUGAAGAAAACCCCCGACGAACUACGAAAACUAGAAGACGAACAUUUCCAAAACCACAUGAAACACCUCACCAAGAAACCCCCCGACGAAAACAAAGGGAUCCCCCGUUUCUACAACAAACUCCCGAAAGAAGACGAGCCCCUUCGCCAAAAACUGCGGGAAGAAAGCCGCUCCAAUUUGCUCAAACGCAGAAGCCAGAAUCUUUUGGAUAACAACGAAUUGAGAGAGCUGUGGAUGAUCCUAGACCAGAACCAGAGCUACCCUGAUGAACAACUAAUCACUUACGCUGACUACCAAAAAGUCUGUUCUUUAGUAAGCCCCAAGGUGAAGCCCUAUUUCACGUCCAUAGUCUUCGCGAAGCUCCAACAAGGCGACUCCCAGGGAAGAGUAUCCAUAAUGUCGCUCUUCAACUACGUGAUGAGAAAAGUGUGGCUGCAGCAAACCCGCAUCGGUUUAUCGCUGUAUGAUAGCACAGGACAAGGUUAUUUAACAGAAAUCGACUUAGAGAACUACAUCACCGAAUUAUUACCAACGCUACCACAGCUCGAGGGUCUCGAGAAAUCCUUCUAUAGCUUCUACGUGUGUACCGCAGUCCGCAAAUUUUUGUUUUUCUUAGACGGAGUCCGCGCAGGCCGAGUCCGAAUCCUGGACAUCCUCGCCUGUUCAUUCCUCGACGAUUUACUGGAACUACGAGACGAGGAAUUAAGUAAAGAGCUACAAGAGCAAAAUUGGUUCAGCGCCCCCUCAGCUUUGCGAAUUUACGGCCACUACUUGAAUUUAGACAGAGACCACAACGGCAUGUUGAAUAAAACCGAGUUGGCGGGGUAUGGCUCUGGGACUCUCACCCAACCCUUCCUGGACCGCGUUUUCCAGACACUUUUGACCUACUCGGGCGAAAUGGACUACAAAACGUAUCUAGAUUUAGUCCUGGCUUUGGAAAAUCGGGCCGAACCGCAAGCUCUGGCGUUUUUGUUUCGCAUUCUAGAUAUUAAUAAUCAAGGGUAUCUGGACGCUUUCACUUUGAACUAUUUUUUCCGGGCUAUUCAAGACCAGAUGAGGGCUCAUGGGGCCGAAGCGGUGUCUUUCGAGGAUGUUAAAGACGAGCUAUUCGACAUGGUGAGGCCGAAAAACCCGGAAAGGAUCACGCUAAACGACUUGGUUGCGUGUGGGCAGGGGGACACUUUCGUCAGUAUUUUGAUCGAGUUCCACAGGUUCUGGGCGUACGAAAACAGGGAGGCGGUGACUGCUGAGCCCUCACAAGACUAACUACUGUUGUCUCUAAAUUAGUUUUGUAAAUACGUACUCAAUAAUAAAAUAAAAUUUCAAAAUAA